CAGAGAAUGUGAGCAGAGAGUCAAGAUGGUCAGAUAGAGGCGGCCGUGAUGAUACGGUCGGUGACUUUUUUGCUUAAGGUUACGUUUUAAAGUUUCAGGUGCGCGCUUGCGGUCUCACCUGUGCCAGUGGCGCGCGCUGACCGAUGGAUUCGCUCGGUUGUUUCGGUUGCUUUUUGAAACCAAGUGCGUCAACUUACCCGACUGACGCAAAAACAACUGUGGUAGUGAAAAAAGCAGCCAAGAUGUCGAGGAUAGACUGUGUCACCACGGAGUUACCCCGCUGCCGAUAAGUCCGCCACAGCCUCAACUUCGCCUGUCGAUGAGAAAGUCAACUCUGAAACAAGACUGCCUGGAUUUUAAAACUGCUCGUUUUAAAGUGGAUGUGAUAGUCUCCGAUCAGGUUUUGUCACUGAUCAGUCGAAAUCAGCCCAUGGACCUGAGGGUCAGCCAGAGGUUGGAGCGUCCAGUCCUCGACUCGGCCAUGCUGCCACCCCAUCCUCCUCUCUUUGUGGGGCCCUUCUCUUCUCAAACUUGCUCCCAGUUUUCCCAGCAGCACUUACCGUAUAACAUUGACAAAAGGCAAAUAGAGAUGGAGCAGGAGAACAGAGAAGAGCUGCGACAGCUGAUGCACAAGAGUAGGAAUGAACAAAGUGCUGUAGCCAGUCCCAUCGUAAGGCAGAAACUGCGGCAACGGUUGAUUGAGAAGAGGCAGGCUGCCCUUGAAAGGAGCACUACCGGCCACAGCAGUGUAACUCACAGAGGCCCCAGGGAACCGGAUCCCGAUAUGCCCCCAAAGUCUCAGCCAACACCCUGUGACCAGCGCAAGGACCUCGCCCUCCGUAGGACAGUCUCUGAGCCCACUCUGAAGUGGAAGUUAAAGAAGCACAUCAGUACUAGGCAAAGUCCUCUGCAGCGCAAGACCAGUGCCCCUGCUACCAUCAAGCACAGGACAAAAGAAACUCUGGACUCUUCUCCCAGCAGCAGUAGCACCCCGGCAUCAGGGUGCAGCUCACCCAACGACAUUCAGUCAGACAACGGGCCCCCCUCACUGACUGCUGGACUGGCCCACGAGGCACAAAGACUGCUGCUGCAGCAUGAUCGCAGUUUGGCCUUCACCUUGCCUCCCAGCUCCACUGCCAUGCCCAGCAUCACUGUUGGCCUUCCUGCACAGACUGACAGACCUCCAGUUAGCCAGCGAGUACCCAGGACUCUGCCAGUAUCUGCGCUGCCUCAGGUCUACCUGCCUCUGGACGGUAGCAGCCAAGCCCUGACCCAGCACUUGCAGCCCAUCCUUAUAGUGGAACCGCACACUGGACUGGUGCACACACAACUCCUCAGUGUUCACGGCUUGAGUCCUGUUCACCUGCAGCAGCAGCAACAACCACGUCUCUCUUCCGCUGCCAGAGGGGAAAGCCCGGUCAUCCCAUCCUCACACAAACCCCUCAGACAAACCCAUUCAGAGCCUCUGCCCUACAGCCACUCAUCUCUGGCCUCCCGUGUUGGACAGUACCCAACUACCCAGCACCACCUACUCCAGCAAUACCAUAACAACCUGGAGAGGCUCAAGCUGAGCACACACAUGGACAAGCUGAUGAACAAGUCCAUCGAGAAGCCCCGACUGACUGAGAUCCCAACUGAGGAAAUGGACCUGGAGGAGAUUGGUUCAGGGUCGGGGUCUGGGCCGGGGUCCAUGUGUGGCUCAGAGCCGGGCUCAUUGUCUGAGGAGAGUUACCACCGGAGACAAAGCGGCGCCAGCACAGACUCAGUUUAUGACACAGAGUCCACUACCUCCUCACGGGAGAGCUUGGUCGAACAUUCACACUCACUCAGUCAGACACACUGGGAACCACAAAGGCAGGCGCUCCACAGACCAGGCAUCCAGCUGGACUUCCUGGGUGUGCCCGGCGCCCACCGCCCUCUGUCCCGGGCCCGGUCCUCUCCUGCCUCCACCUCCCUGCCCCCUCCACCUCUACCCACCACGGGUUCCCUGCCACUGCCCAGCCCUGCUGCAGAGACACCCGUCAAGCUACGCUUUACCACCGGUCUGGUCCACGAUGCUCAGAUGCAGAAGCACCAGUGUACCUGUGGGGACAACAGCCGUCACCCUGAGCAUGCUGGGAGGAUCCAGAGCAUCUGGUCCAGACUCCAAGAACGAGGCCUCAAGACCCAGUGUGAGCGUAUUCGUAGUAGGAAGGCCACUCUUGAGGAGCUGCAGUCAGUCCACUCAGAGAAACAUGUACUUUUUUACGGCACCAACACACUCAACCGCCUCAAACUGGACAACCAGAAACUGACUGCAAUCUUAUCUCAACAAAUGUUUGUGAUGCUGCCAUGUGGAGGACUUGGGGUAGACACAGAUACUAUCUGGAACGAGAUGCACACAUCGACAGCAUCCCGAAUGGCUGCAGGCUGCGUCACAGACCUGGCGCUUAAAGUGGCACAAGGAGAGUUGAAGAACGGCUUUGCAGUGGUGAGGCCCCCUGGACACCAUGCAACUCGCUCCUCCCCUCUGGGCUUCUGCUUCUUCAACUCUGUAGCCAUCGCUGCCAAGCAGCUCCAACAGAAACUCAACGUCAGCAAGAUCCUCAUCGUGGAUUGGGAUGUUCACCAUGGUAACGGCACCCAGGAGGCUUUCUACAAAGACCCCAGUGUUCUGUACAUCUCUCUACAUCGCUAUGAUAAUGGCAACUUCUUCCCUGGUAGUGGAGAUCCCACUGAGGUGGGUGCUGGUGCAGGCGAGGGCUUCAAUGUGAAUGUAGCAUGGACAGGGGGUUUGAACCCUCCCAUGGGCGAUGCAGAGUACUUGGCAGCAUUCAGAGCGGUGGUGAUGCCCAUCGCCCAUGAGUUUGCUCCUGACAUCGUGCUGGUGUCGGCUGGCUUUGAUGCUGUCGAGGGACAUUCAGCACUGCUGGGAGGCUACAAAGUCACAGCCAAGUGUUUUGGUUUCCUGACCCGUCAGCUGAUGUCCCUGGCCGGGGGUCGGGUGGUCCUGGCACUGGAGGGGGGCCACGACCUCACCGCCAUCUGUGACGCCUCUGAAGCCUGCGUCAGCGCCUUGCUGGGCAUGGGGGUGGAGCCGCUGUCCCAGUCUGUCUUGGACCAGAAGCCGUGUGUUAACGCGGUGCGGUCCCUGCAGGAAGUCAUCAAGGCUCACGGUGAGUACUGGCAGAGCGUGAAGUCCUCAGCUGCCACAGUGGAUCUGUCCUAUCUGCAGGCCCAGAGGUUGAGGCUGCGGCGAGACUCUGACAGCGACGCCGUCAGCGCCCUGGCCUCACUCUCUAUGGACGUCCUCGCCUCAGACAGAAAACAGCAAGAUGAACUCAUGGAGAAAGGUGAUUCCUUGUAGAGAAAAAAAAAAUCCCGACAAAUACUUUUGACCAAGUACCAGCACACUCAAACACAAACUCUCACACACAUGCACACAAGCUUACACACACACACACACACAAAGCUAUGCAAUUUGACCAUCACUGGAAGCAGAUGUCCUCCUCAGUUCAACCGCUGUAUUCAACGCCUCACACAAAACUCAGCCACCUCCAUCUGCGUAACUACUGGCCUCCGUCCGACCGCUCACCUGCCUCC